UGGCGAGAUCUGUCAUUUGUGUUGGGUUGCUGUGGAGGAAGAGAGGGAUAGAUAGAAAAAUUAAAAGUUUGUGGAGAAAGCAAUACGUAUAUAGAAUAAAUACAAGGGUACUGUAGAGAGGAGAACAGAUGAGAGAAAGAGGUAGAAGAGCAUGCAGAAAGGUCGAAAGAAAAGGGGUAAGAUACGAGGAGAAAUAGUGAAAUACAGAUAAAGGGCGAGAGAGAAAAGGACAAAGAGAGAAGAGGCGAGAGAGCAAAUUACAAAACACUUGCAAGCGAUACAGGGAACGAGUACAAAGCGAGAGAGAAAAAAAAUACCAUACGGGGAGUGAGAUUGAUGUGGGUGAGAGAGAACGCACAACGAGCGGAGGAAGCAAUACAAAGUCAGAGGAAUACAGGCACAGAUUGUGGAGUGGGAAAAAGGCCUAAACAGACAACGGGAAGGAUAAAGGGGAAAAUGAGACGUGUUUGACUUUUUUUAAAAGAGCCGGGAAAACAGGCAAAAAGAUUGGAGUGAGGAAAAGCAACCCAAAGGAACAAGAGGGAGAAGGUUAGCUGGUGAUAUAUAUAUAGAACACACAAAACUGAGAGGGAAAAAAGAGGGGAAAUCUUGAGAGGGAAAAUAAAUUGUUAGGAGAAUAGAGGAGCUCAAGAAAAAGACAGGCAAAAAUCAAAGGAAAACGAAUGUGGAAAAGCAAAUGAGGUUAACAGACAGGAAGAUCAACAGUCAAAUGAAACAUUAGAGAAAAAACACUAGGUAAUGAUAAGGGAGCAAAGAGACAAACACAGAAUCUGAAAAGCAGCAAGGAGAGAAAAGAGGAAAGAACAGGAACAGAGACCCACAAAAUCAGAGAUCCAGGCAGUGAGCAAGAGCAAGACUCAGGGAAUAGCAAUCAACAGAGUGCUGACACUACAUGAAAAGAAAGAGAGGUUUCCAGUCCCACUGGGAAAAUAGAGAGGGCUUAGAUCACAACAAGAAAAUACUGCAAAACAACCUGAGGGAAUUACAGAGGAAAGUGACAGGGGAAAGUAUAAGGAAUGCGAUGUAAACACCAGGCAGAUAUAAACGGACUACAUGAGGAAUAUAAAUAGUAGCACAAAUACUGCAAGAAGAGAGACGCUGUCACAGUGUACACAAAGAACAAGAGGAGUUCAGAAACAGGGGAGACGGCAGCAAGAAAACUGACACAGCAAAAUUCACUGGAAGCAGACUAGUUGGAUUCUGCAAAAAGCCAAAGGAAGGACUACUGGACAUUUACCUGUGGUUACAAAACUAAACAGGAGCAAGAGAGGCACAUCAGGAAAGUAUUGAAGAGUGGACAAGAGGCAAAGAAUUGGAGCCCUGAGAGAGAACAGUUUAUUCUGAGCAUUUGACUGACAGAUACAUCUUCGCAUCUCUUGGAGUGGAAUGGAAGUGAUGAGAGUGGAGAGAAAGCAGCGAAUCUCUAAUGUUCACCAUUAGACCAUGAAGAGAGAGAGAGAGUUCAGUAAGGACGAGAAAGAUGACUAAUCGUAUUGCUGUUAGAUAGGCAAUGACUGCUGGCUGCACAGUCUGCUCUGCUUAUUGGAUGCUUUAACAAGGGGAAGGCUGAAUUGUUUAGUGUGUCAGAGCUCUGAUUUGCAAGUGAUGGGAACACAGUGGUGGGGGAAGAGGGACUGCACGAGAUGAAAAGGUCUGUUCGGAGCAUGACUCAAGUUACCCACACAGGUCAGAUUCGAGGAAUAUGAUUAAAAAAUGGCACGGUUUGAAAAUUACCAGGAGUACCAGCGGCUGGGGGCAGACGAUUAUGAGGAGGAUUCCCCACCAGGUGAAGACCUAUUGGUACAUGUGCCAGAAGGUUUGAAAGAUUCAUGGCAUCAUAUUAAGAACCUAGAUAAUUUCUUCACAAGAAUCUACCACUUCCACCAGAAGAAUGGCUUUGCCUGCAUGAUGCUGUCUGAAUUUUUUGAGUUGGUGCAGUUCUUAUUUGUUGUCCUAUUCACAACUUUCCUAUUCAACUGUGUGGAAUAUGACGUGCUGUUUGCAAAUAAGUUCAUAAAUCACACGGGCUCCAGCCACCCAGAGAGGAAUAAAGUCACUCUGCCAGAUGCUAUCCUACCCACUGAGCAAUGCACUGCCAGGAUUCAGAAGAAUGGUUGGAUUAUCUUCCUUCUGACCAUGGCGGCAGUGUUUUGGGUGUACCGCUUGAUCAAAGUCAUCUGCAAUCUGCUGAGUUACUGGGAAAUCAGGACAUUCUACAUCAAAGCAUUGAAGAUCCCUACGGUCGAGUUGUGUAACUACAGCUGGCAAGAGGUGCAAGCCCGUCUGAUCCUGCUGCAGCGAGAGCAACAGAUGUGCAUCCACAAGAAGGAGCUGACUGAGCUCGAUAUCUACCAUCGCAUCCUCCGCUUCAAGAAUUACAUGGUGGCCAUGGUGAACAAGUCGCUGCUACCCGUACAUCUCAGCCUCCCAUUAAUGGGCGACACCAUCUUCUUCUCCCAAGGCCUCAAGUACAAUUUUGAGAUGAUCUUCUUCUGGGGCCCUGGAUCUCUCUUCCAGAAUAAGUGGAACCUUCAUCCCAAGUACAAGCGUUCUGGAAGCCGAUUAGAACUGGCGCAGCAGCUCAGCCGCACGGUGCUGUUAAUUGGCAUUGCCAACCUCCUGCUUUGCCCCUUCAUCCUGGUGUGGCAGAUCCUCUAUGCCUUCUUCAGUUACACAGAGGUGAUCAAGAGAGAGCCGGGCAGCCUGGGAGCCCGCCGUUGGUCUCUCUUUGGGCGUCUAUAUCUCCGGCACUUCAACGAGUUGGACCACGAGCUGCAGGCCCGGCUUAGCCGAGGCUACAAACCUGCAACCAAGUACAUGAACUCCUUCACUUCACCACUGCUCACUGUCUUCGCCCAGAACCUGGCCUUCUUCUCAGGCUCCAUCCUGGCAGUCCUCAUCGCCCUCACUGUCUAUGAUGAGGAUGUGCUCACAGUGCAGCACAUCCUGACUGCCAUCACUGUGCUUGGCAUAGUGGUGACAGUGUGCAGGUCCUUCAUUCCCGAUGAGUACAUGGUGUGGUGCCCAGAACAACUGCUGCAGUGUGUGCUGGCCCACAUUCACUACAUGCCUGACCACUGGAAAGGAAAUGCCAAUAAAUCAGAGACCAGGGAUGAGCUGGCUCAGCUCUUCCAGUACAAAGCGGUGUUUAUUCUGGAGGAGUUGCUCAGUCCCAUCAUCACUCCGUUUGUGCUGAUCUUCUCCUUGCGUCCAAGAUCUCUGGAGAUCAUCGACUUUUUCCGGAACUUCUCAGUGGAGGUGGUGGGAGUUGGUGAUAUCUGCUCCUUUGCACAGAUGGAUGUUCGGAAACACGGGAACCCAAUGUGGCUCUCAGAAGGCCAGACAGAAGCCUCAGUGUACCAACAGGCAGAGAAUGGGAAGACUGAACUCUCUCUCAUGCACUUCACCAUCACCAAUCCACACUGGCACCCACCUCAGGACAGCUCGGUCUUCAUUAGUCACCUGAAGGAGAAGGUACAACAUGAUGCAGCCACUGGUCCACCUGCCCAGCACCUCCUGUCCGACACACCACUCUGCAACUCCCUGCUCUCCAAUGAGUCAACAAAUAUUCCUGAGAAUCUCAUUGUAAGUUUGCUCACACGCUCGGCACUACCUGGCUCGCUGCUGACUGGCAGAGACGGACGUUUUGGGCAAUCGUGUAGUACUGCUUCGGCUGCUGCUAGCGUCCUGGCUUCACUCUCCUCCUCCCACCAUCCAACUCAGACAAGAUCCCACACUCUCCUCAUGGAGAAUGGUGCUGAGAGUUCUCUAUAUCGCAGUGACAGGACCAUUAUGGAAGAGAGCACAUCAGCAAGUGCAGGCUCGGGUAGAUCUCUGCUUCUUGCCAACUUCGCUUCAACAGAAAUGAGUCUACAUGCUAUUUAUAUGCAUGAGCUUCACCAACAGAGUGCACAGCCCCAGGCACAGGGAUGUCAGACUCUCAGUUCAGCCACUGAACAACCCACUGCUCCAGUGCCCCCGUUGACUUCACCAGAAACACUGACGGCUUAUUCCCAGCUGCACCUUGGGGGCUGGGCAGAAGAGUCUGAGGGGGAAGAUCCCAUUGCUGACCCACAAGAACCACAGGACCAUGAGGAAGAAGUGCCUUCUAAGAUGGACAGGGUCUAAAUAUUUGGACUGGAUUGAUCUCAUGGCCUUAACUCCUUACAGACUCGUGGCAAAGCGAGUUUCUCAAUCCUGCGGUGUCAAGGCUCGUGGUCAGUGAUUGAAAAUAUUUUCUCCUGGACUUCUCAUUGCACUAAAGAGUCAUCGCCGUCUUCCAGAACCUUUUUGUGUUCACAUUACGCUUUGUCUACCAUCUGCCCAUGUGGCCAAUCGCAGUGGGCACAGAUUGCAGCUUCCUCAAGCUGAUGUGAAUAUUUUAGUGCAUGUUCUUUUAAGAAGAGAAGAGGAACUUGUGUAUAAGGAAUAAAAUGUUCUCAGUGUUGGUGGCUUUGCUCCAACAGCAUGAGCCACCUUCAUGAGGGAUUGUGUGUGGUUUUAGACGGACAAAUAUUGCUGCCAGGUUUAGAGGGGGAGAUGCUGUGUAAGGGGAAGGGAGGGCAGCCGCAAAAUGACACCAUUGCGAUGGAGAUGAUGCAUUGGAGGAGGACAGGUGAAAUCCAACAAGCCACUGGCUUAUUUCCUUGUCCCUCUGUUUUUGCCUGUUACCUAUUCCAGCAAUUCCAAGGCCUGGCUGGGUUGUCAUUAACUUGUGUGUGCUGAGUUUAAUAAUUCAAAGUGGAUUCUAAAGUUUAGAGUCUGCUCUGUGUAGUUGGGAGGACCCCAGGAGUCUUUGAAUAUUGAAGUCACCUUUGAGACCUUAUGCAUGCCCACACCCACCCCAUCUCCAGGUAUAGACUUCUCUAACUUUUUAUUCACUUCUUGGGGUGCAAGCUCUGUGGGCGUUGGAACAGCUUCGCCUAGUGAUCGUUUACAAGUUAAUAUUACAGGGCAAUUCACCAUGGGAGGCAUCACAGCCACAAUUGCCAGGCCCAGGCUCGACUCACCCCUACCUAACGCCAUACCUUCAUUCCCUUCCCAGACCUUGAUUCCCCAUCCCCAUGCAUCAUCGACUCCCAAUCCUCCCCUUCCCAGACCCUUGCUCCUCUCUCCUUCUCCUCCCCCUCCCUCUCUCCCUCCCUCCCUCUCUCCCUCUUGCUCUCUCUCUGUCUCUCUCUCUCUCUCUCUCUCUCUCUCCCUCCCUCUCUCUCCCUCUCCCCCUCUCUCCCCCCACCCUCCUUCAUCUCAAUGCCACUGCGAUGAAUUGUCAGGGAUUCUGCUCAGUUCAAUGCCACCCCACGUUGGGAGGUGUCUGUCCACACUCAGACCUACCUCAAGCCAAACUCAUAAACUGACACAUCACCAAAAGAGACUAUCCACUGUCUUGUGUAUACAGGCUGUUUAAAAGAGCUUUCUAAUUAAUCCCAUCACUCUGCUGCUGUUUGCCGACAGCACUGCUGUUUUUCUUAAUUCACGUAUUUAUCCAGCUCCUUUUCGAAGGUUCCUGUUGAAUCUACUUCCAUUGCUCUGUCCGGCAAUGCAUUCUGGUCACAGUAACUCCUGCCUGAAAUCCUUUCUCCUGGUUUGUAUUACUUUAAAAUUCUUCACUCCAGUGACGAACCUCCAGCCUCUAGAAUGUUCCUCCUCGCUUAUUCUCUGAGUCUUCAUGAUGAUGGACAUCUUGAUCAAAUCUCUUAACCGUCUCUGCUUGCAUUAAUCAUUGAAUAUUUAUGUAUGAACAGAGAGUGCCAGCAUGUAGCUGCUCGGGACUGAUAAAGUAAAGGUGCUGCCUGUUCCCUGUUGUUGAUUCCAGCCACUCGACCUUCUGCCGCAAGUUGCAGCCUCUGAAAUCCCAGGAUGCUGUGGGGCUGUUUGAAUCAACGUGCCACAAUGAUGCUGUGAUCUCACUGUACAAUCCUGGUCUGGGAGAGGGGCUGCUGUAUCUGUUACCAUCCUCACCUGAAACCCAAGCAUAGCUAACCCAGCAGAGGGUUUUUUACAGAGCAGAUUGCUCUUGGAACCACUAUUUAGAAGAAAGAAGAGAGGUACCAUCAGUAAAAAUUUGGUGCCUAUAUAUAGUGACUUGGAGACACCUGCCCUGUCACACAUUUGAGAGUGUAGAGAUAGCUUUAUUUUGUACCUAACUCCAUGCUGUACCUGGGAUUUUAAUGUGUUAACGAAGAUCUGUAGCUCAGGUUGCAGUUGGAAUUGUUGGUUAGUUUGCCACACUGACUGGUUUUCAUGCAAACGUUUCAUCUCCCUUCUAGGUGGCAUCGUCCUUGCUGUGUCGUCUCCAUUGAAGCACCGUUGUACUGUCCUCCUAUGAAUUUAUGUGGUCCAGUCUGUCUUGGUGGGCUGCCUUGUUUCUGGUUUUGUACUGUAGUGGUGUGUAGAUCGAGUCUAUUUCAAUAUAUCUGUUCAACAAUCACGUUGAAAUAGACAACGUCUACAUACCACAAGGGUAUAAGACCAGAAUCAAGACAGCCCACCAUGUCUAACCAGACCAUAUAAACUUGGAGCAGGACAGAACAAUGUCACCUAGAAGGAGAUGAAAUAUUUGCACAAAAACCAGUCAGAUCAACUAACCAACCAACAAAUUUGACCUGCGUGUGUUUGAUGGGGACAGUUUACUUUCAGCUCAAAAGAGAAGAUGGAGUUUGAAGAGAGUACUUUCAGUGUAGCGGUAGAGUCCCUACCUCUCAGCCAGAAGAGCUGAGUUUAAGACCCACCUGUGCUGGGAAUGUGUUACACCGUGUUCAAACAGAUUAAUUCAAAAUGUUUGCCCAGCGGGGUCUGUUUAACCAUUUUGUGAUUUUGUUUUAUUUAAGAGUAGAGGGAUUUUUACUGCAAUUCUAAUCCUGUGCUGUCCCUUCCCUGUUGUGUUUGGUGGGGACAGUGUCAAGGGAGCUUUACUCUGAAUCUAACCCCAUGCUGUUCCUGCCCUGGGAGUGUUUGGUUGAGGCAGUGUGUGCCAGUGUAAGUAUUAACUUUGACCAGCAAUUCAUACUGGUCAGUGGUGCUGCGUGGUGGUGUUCCCAUUUGAAUGAACUCAUUUUAAAACUAAAUGAUCAGCUACUAGGUGUGAUGAUGUCAGUUGAUUUUACAAAGUGACAACUG